AGCAAAUCCAGUUCAAUUCCGAGUGUUUCAAACUCUUAACAAUGGAAUCUCUAGCACUUCCCUCUCUCAGUGCUCUUACAGUGUCAACUUCAAGUUUUCACAAAGAACAAAGCAAAAAAUUAUUGGGGAAAGCUCGUCACUUCAACUCCCUGAAGCCAUCUUCUCUCAAACUUACACCAUCUAUUAGUACUCACCCUUUUAAUUCAGGUGGUAUUCGAAUGCAAGCUGGUGAGGAAGAUUACGACUUGAGGCAAAUGAGAGACAUGGCUGCUGCAAAGAAGAGAUGGGAUGCUCUGCUCAGGGAAGGAAAAGUAAAGGUACUUGCACCGAGGGAAGCUGGCUAUGCGAUUCAACUCUCUAACAAAACCUUACUUGAUGUUCGUCCCUCUAGUGAGCAUGUGAAGGCUUGGGUUAAAGGCUCAACCUGGAUACCGAUCUUUGAUGUUGAUAAUGGAUUUGAUGCUGGAACACUUUCCAGAAAGAUCACAACUUUUGCAAUGGGUGGUUGGUGGAGUGGUGCGCCUACAUUAUCUUAUAAUAAGCAGUUCUUAUCAAAAGUUGAGGAGAAACUCCCCAAAGAUACAGAUGUUAUUGUUGCAUGCCAGAAAGGAUUGAGAUCUCUAGCUGCUUGUGAGCUACUAUACAAUGCUGGAUACAGAAACCUUUUCUGGGUUCAAGGGGGUCUAGAGACUGCUGAAGAAGAGGAUCUUACCAGAGAAGGUUCUCAGCCUUUGAAGUUUGCUGGAAUUGGAGGGGUUUCUGAGUUCCUUGGUUGGACAGAUCAACAAAGAGUUCAAGCCGCCAGAGAAGGUUGGGGUUACCGAUUAAUGUUCUCUGCACGUCUGGUUGGGGUCUUUAUUGUUGCUGAUGCCUUAUUUAUUGGUGCACAACAAGUAGGUCGUUAUAUCCAAGACAUAAGAUCUCACUAAUGUUCAUUGGCUAGGCUUGAAGGUAGUCGAUUGUAACAUAUGAGGGACAACAGUACUUUAGUUCUGGUUCACUGCACAGAAUCCAGAGAUUUGCUGAGGAUCCCAGUUUUUGAGUUAGAGUAGUUCUCAAAGCAGUGACAUACCUGCGACAGCUGAAAAUUCGAAACCAAUUGUUUUCGUGCUGUGAACUAGUUCUGCAGUGAUUCUCGUGGUCAUAAUUUGUCACAUGGUGCUGGCUUGUAAAGAAAUUUUGCUUAAUCACUUGCUUUCCUGUAUAUGUUUAUGGUUCUGUGAAUUUUGUUGCCUAAAAUGUGUCUUUCUCUGUUAAAUUUAUAUGACCUUCCAGCAGCAUUUUACUUUGUUGUACUAGAGUUUAUAGGUCAUCUGGCCAUCAACUGGCAACUCAGCUGAGCAGACUUGCACGACUGAACGAACUGUGAAUUGGUGCUAUUGUCCAAAUUAGUAGAAUUCCUUCUUAAAUUUUUAUCUAUUUAUUCACAGUUUUUCUUAUUUGUUGGAUUUGUUAAACCUGCUACUAGAUGGACUGGGUUCAUAAACCAAACUAGUUUUUGCUCCCAUUGUUGACCACAUGUCAAACCUCUUUCUCCAAUAGAA